CGACUUUCGAUCACCUCGACACUGCGAAGCCAGAAGAAGAGGAAGUUGUCAGGAUGGCACUUUGGUGUGAGAGUGUGCGCAUGGACCGCAACAACGGUGGGCGUGAUGAAUACCAUCUUGCUCAUCGCUGCCGCGGCGAAGUUCCCUGUCCUUGAUGGCAUUGGAGUCGCGUAUGAGGGUUCUUGUGAAGUGGUGGACCAUUGGACGACGUGGCUGCAUAUUCUGAUCAACGGCCUGAGCUCCCUGCUUCUAUCGGCGAGCAACUACACCAUGCAGGCCCUCGCUGCUCCAACGCGCGCAGAAGUCGAUCGAGCACACGCGAAGGGAGAUUGGGUGGAUAUUGGGGUCGCCAGCGUUCGCAAUCUCUCCCGCAUCAAGUGGUUGCGCAUUGUACUUUGGUGGAUUCUGGCGGUCAGCAGUGUGCCGAUUCACCUGCUUUACAACUCUGCAGCCUUCAAGACAAUCGAUGGCGGCAAUUUUUCCACGAAGAUACCUUUGGUCAAUCCUCCAAGCACAGUGACGCCUGACGAUGAUGAAUACUACGUGACAAUGCCAUCUGACACAUCCUUCCUGCCUUCACUUCAGAAGUGGUGGGGUCAGAACUACGACAACGAGACUCUCGUCGAACGCCUGAAUAACACGGACUGCAUCAAUGCCUACGGCACUAAUUUUGUGACUGGCCGAAACCAUCUCCUGACCAUCACUACCGAGACUGGAGAUCAGGCCAAGAACGAGACUCUUUUUAUGGUGGAAGGUACCACAGAUUAUUACGACAGCGAGCUGCGAUACAGGUGGAUGUGUGAAAACGAUUACAACUCCUCCCACACGUUUCAACUGAAAUGUGCCACAAGUACGCUCAAGAAGCACGUUGACAACUGGACCAUUAACGGGCGGAAGAUUGAUUACUGCUUGAGUCAAAUCACGCCCAGCCACUGUGAAUUGCAGUUCAGCGUACAAAUUCUUGUCGCGGUGAUUGUGAUGAACGUCCUGAAAAGCGUAGCCAUGUUUGUCACGCUGUAUCAACAGAAAGAUGCUACAUUGGUCACGGUCGGCGAUGCUGUCGCCAGUUACCUUGACCAACCGGACGAUCUUACCAAAGGACGAUGCCUGAUGAGUCGAAAGGACAUCAAGAGCUGGAAGUUGAACCCGAACGAGAAGAAGCCGAAUACGGAUCCUAUGCCUGUCACAUUCUACCCUGAAAAGACUACAUGGUUCUUCCGAGCAGCAUCGAAAGGGCGCUGGAUUACUGCAUUCACGCUGAUCAUUUCCGCCAUAAUUACAACAGCCUCUCUUCUCGGCAUGGGUACCAGUCAGCUUCAAGGUGAUGGUGCAUCUCCUUUCCGCAUCGGAUUCGGUUCUAUCGACUCGCGAGCAUUCAUUUCUACUGAACUUCCUGAGAGUGGAGCAAGUGGGUUGAUCAGCUCCAUCCUGCUUGCCAAUUUGCCGCAAGCAAUCGCUUCGUUCCUCUAUCUGCUUUACAACAGCCUUCUAAGCUCGAUGCUCCUCGCAAAAGAAUGGUCCUCAUACGCUCUACGCCGAAAACCUCUUCGCGUCAGCCAUCCUCACGGACAACAAAGAUCGACCUACUACCUCCAGCUCCCACUCCGAUACUCAGCACCUCUCCUCCUCAUCUCCGCAACGCUGCACUGGAUGAUCUCCCAAUCCAUCUUCCUCGCAAGAAUCAACACAUACUACGACGGAAACCCCACGGAAGGCGACGAUAUGUCCUCAGUCGGCUACAGCUGUCCACCCAUCCUCGUCACCAUGCUCAUCGGCAUUGUACUUCUAUUCGUGGCUUUAGCCAUGGGUUUCCGCAAAUUCGGGAGUCAGAUGCCCAUUGCGAGUUCCUGCUCUGUAGCCAUCGCAGCCGCUUGUCAUCGCCCGCAGGACGAUGCUGAUGCUGCGUAUUUGCCGGUGCAGUGGGGGGAGGUGGAAAGUGAGAGGGAGGAUGAGAUUGGGCAUUGUUCUUUUACUUCUGGUCCUGUGCUGCCGCUUGUUGAGGGGAGGAUGUAU